CAUCCCAUCCAUUCCAUACAAGAGAAGACGCCACAGCAGCCAGAGUCCUGCGGGACAUCGUUGACGCCUCGCUCGCUCCAUCAAUCCAUCACAACAAAAUUACAGCUAGUCAUUUACGUUGCUACAGCCCUACGGUGAAAGAAAUGUCAUAACUUGUUGUGCGGAUCCAUAUCAUUCAUAUUCAGACAGGGGCGGAGUGCAAGAAAACAGCGGACGACACAGACAAGCGAGUUAUGGGGCGGCCAAGAAAGUUAAAACAGCCUCUUACUGAAGAAGAGAAGAUCGAGAAGAGAAGAAGACAUGCCAAAGCAGAGCGAGAAAGACUCGCACGAAUGACUCCCCAGCAGCGAGAAGCAGAGCUUGCCUUGCGGCGGUCAAGGCGACGAAAACAAAGGGCUGAAAGACGCGCCAUCUGUGGUUCUGCACCGGGAAAGCAGACCGCGACUGUGACAGACGUUUCCGUGUCGUCUGCAGGGACACGUUCUCCGUUCCAGCGGCAAUUUGUGAACGACCUGUUUGAAGCUACUCACGGCAUGCUUCACAACGAAGAUGAAUCCAGAUACCCUCGUGAUUCGGCGUCCUCAAGGCACAGCUCUUCGUGUGGAGAGCUCAUCCUCGGAUUUGCUUUUCCAUCUGACGACACAUCCCCAGCAGAAAUGAAGGUCGGAGACACUGUGACGGAACGGAGCCAGAUACAGGGAGCACUGCCGCCUCCAUCCCGUGGGCAGAGCGACGGAGAGAAAGAGGGGCUGUUCAGAUGUGACGUCUGCUUAGCUUCGUUCGUGUAUCCGAGCUGCCUGAAAGCUCACCUCAACACGCACGGAGGAAAGCUCUCUGCCGUGGUGUGCACGUCAGAGUCGAACCUGAAAACCCCAGAACACGGUUACGACAACGAAACUCCGGGUUGCGAUGCCCGCUCCGAAGGACGUGUCUGGGAUGUCGAUAGGGAGGGCAGCGUGCAGCCAGACGUGAACACGUGUGAACUCUCUCCCACGACUUUCACCGGGAGGAGUACAGGAGCGGCGGUCGGGAUGGGUGACGUUAAAGAAGAACCUCGAGAGGACUUUUCAGACGAACGUCCAAUCACAGUCGUGAAAACAGAGCCUUACAACGCUGCAAUUACGGCAGGACAGGACCAAACGGGAUACAGCAUCGACCCAACGUCACAAGUUUCAGAGCCAAUGGCAAGCACCGGUGUGCUUCAUAUUAAGGAUGAGCCUUGUGAAGACACUUGUGAUCCAGCUUCCUCAUGCUGUACCCCUUGGAGUACUCAACUCAACGUGAACACAACGGAAGUGCAAGCUCCAUCCAACAACGCUGUCCCAGUCACUGUGAACAGUCGACCCACAGAUUCUGAGACCAGGGACGUCGCACAAGACCAGGGAUGCCACAUUCUCGUACACACUCCCGACAAGUCCAUACAGGGUCCCUCUCCAUCAGAAUGUCUGAUGGGAGAGGAGAGGCUCGGGUGUGAUCUCAGUACAACUCCGUUCACCCUGUGUGAGAGCCCCAAGAACCGGUGGAGCACCGGUGAGAAUCCGUGCAAGCUCACCCACACCGCAAGCCUGCAGCAUCACAACCCGAUGCCUGCAGGCCAGGAGCCGUAUAAGUGUGACAUCUGUCUCUCAGAGUUCAGACGCAGCAACCACCUGCGGGCUCACGUACGUGCACACAUGGGCGAGAAGUCGUACAAGUGCGACCACUGUCCUGCGGAGUACAGCCAGAGCCAGGAGCUGCAGGUUCACACACGGACCCACACGGGCGAAAAACCGUACGAAUGCGAACUGUGCCCCGCGGAGUUCCGUCAUCGUGCCAGCCUCCGGUGUCACAAGCGGAUACACACAGGCGAAAUGCCAUACAGGUGCAAUCUUUGCACCGCACGCUUCCGUCAUCCUGCGACCCUCCUGUGUCACAUGCGGAUGCACACGGGUGAGAAGCCAUACAAGUGCAAUCUCUGUUCCGCAGAGUACAGCCAAAGCAAGGAGCUGCAAGUUCACAAACAAACCCACAUGGGUGAAAAACCGUACGAGUGUGAUCUCUGCCCUGCAGAGUUCCGUGAUCACUCAAGCCUCCGGCGACACAAGCGCAUACACACGGGUGAGAAGCCGUACAAGUGCAACCUCUGCACUGAACAAUUCCGAUGGAGCCAGGCCCUGCGGGUUCACAAACGGACGCACACGGGUGAGGCGCCGUACAAGUGCAAACUCUGUCCUGCAAUGUUCCAGUGGGGGCAUGCCCUGCGUGGUCAUGAACGGAUACACACGGGCGAGACACCGUACAAGUGCAGUCUCUGCCCUGCAGAGUUCCGGUGGAGUCAGGCCCUGCGGGUCCACGAAUGGGAGCACACAGGCAAGAAGCCAUUCAAGUGCAAUAUCUGUCCCGCAGAGUUUUUCCAACGCACGGACUUGAAGCGUCAUGAGAACACGCACACGGGUGCGAAGCCGUACAAGUGCGACCUCUGUCCUGCAGCAUACAGCCAGUGUGGUCCCCUGCAGCAUCACAAGCGAACACACACUGGCGAAAAGCCGUACAAGUGUGAUCUCUGUCCUGCAGAAUUCACCUGCAAUCGUAAUCUUCGGCGUCACAAGCAAACGCACGCUGGUGAAAAGUCAUACGAAUGCAACAUCUGUAGUGCCAUGUUUUCCUACGAUGCAUCCCUGAAGCGUCACAAGAAGACACAUCAUACGUGAGAGACAUGAGGGGGGACAAAAACAGUAAUCCCUCCAUGUCUGUACUUUCCCAUGUGCUGCGGAGUCUGGAAGGGUUUAUGUACAGUGUUAUAGGUAAGGCCCCCAGUUUUCUGCUGCAGCAGAUUCAAAAUUCCGCGGCAUUGACUUGUAAAUUUUACAAUUUUCUGCGGCCAACAGUUAACGACUGCAUGAAAUAGGGAACACUUUAUCUUGUUGGAUAAUGUGGGUUUUAUAAAAUUACAGAUUCAAAGCACUGUUCUGGCUCAGCAUUACGUACAUGACCUCGUGUGUGCUCAUCUGACGCGGUCUGUCACCUGCAAUCAUUUUAUACCUAUAAACCAUGUAGAUGCUGAAAGGUCUUUCAACAUCUGCAAUGUUUAUAGGAACUUUAUAGGAAGGAGUUCACAAUAAAUUCCCAGGGAAUGUUACAUC